GUCGAAGGCCCCGCCCCGGCACCGCCUCCGCAGGACGCGGGCGGCGCCAUGAAGCUCACGCGGCAGAAGCACGCCAAAAAGAACAUGGGCUUCUACAAGCACAACUUCCAGUUCCGCGAGCCUUUCCAGGUGCUGCUGGACGGCACCUUCUGCCAAGCCGCGCUCCGCAACAAGAUCCAGAUCCGGGAGCAGCUGCCCGGGUACCUGGGCGGCGCCACGCAGCUCUGCACCACACGAUGUGUUCUAAAAGAACUGGAGUUGCUGGGGAAAGAACUGUACGGGGCAAAAUUAAUUGCCCAAAGAUUUCAACUUAAGAACUGUUCUCACCACAAGGAUCCUGUGAGUGGUUCGGCCUGUUUAUUUUCCAUGAUUCGAGAAGGCAACCCUCAUCACUUCUUUAUUGCUACACAGGACCCGGAUUUAGCAAACAAAGUGAAAAAGAGGGCUGGCGUUCCUCUCCUCUUUAUUAUUCAGAACACUAUGGUGUUAGACAAACCUUCUCCUAAAUCUUUGGCAUUUGUUCAAAAUAUGCAGACAAAUCAGCUUGUUCCAGAGCACCAAAAACAAAGUAUUGUGGAGCUUAAAGAAAAAGCAGGACUAGCAAACCAACAAGGUGAAAAAAGAAGAAAACGCAAAAGGGCAGGUGGCCCCAAUCCUCUCAGCUGUCUGAAGAAGAAAAAGAAGAAAACACAGGAGGGUCAGGAAGCUUCUGCCGAAAAGAAGAAAAGAAGAAAAAGAAAGCGAAAUAGGAUUAAAGCAGAAGCUGUGCAGUCAGUGCAGAAGAAUGAAGAGGAAUAAAACCAUCUUUGUAAACAAUGCAGGACUUGAGCAUUGUUUGAACUUUGCAAAAAACAAGAUUAAUAUGCAGUCGUGUGAAAUCAAGUUGUUAAUAUUAAAACUUAUUUUUCUGAAGUGGUUCUGCUUAUUACUGCAUCUCAAGAGUUGCAGGUGAUUGUCCUAAUAAUUUAUGCUGUUGUUUAGUAAUUGGUUUUGUGACAAGAUAUUUAGGAACACUUAUGUUUCAUUAUUCUCUCUGGCAUUUUAAUUCCUGCCAGAGAGUUACAUGAUCGGUGGCAAUUCUUUAGAAAUGCUUCGUGGGUUUCACAUGGGGUUUGGUGAGAUACUGAACGUUUUUCUAAAUAUAGGGUAGUAUUCUUACCAAAACUACUUUUGACAGUUGUUCUGUUACAGAAUGUGGAAUUGGCCUAAAAGAGCGUAGUAUCUUAUUUGUCUGUGUUGUUUGAAUACAGAAGUUAACUCUUGCAAAGUGGCUGGGUGCCCUCAGGAAGCCCCUUCCAGCCUAAAUUACUCUGUAAACUCCAUGUGAACUGAUAGAUUUGUGGUUCAUGAUCUUUAUUUAUUCAGAUCCGGAAGGGCAUGUAAUUGUGUUGAUAUUCCUGACAUUAUAAUGGCAUCUCUCAUGCGUCUAGUUUAUGUCUAGUUUAUUCUUCCUUUUUAAAUAGGAAGAAUGCAACUUAAAAAUACUGAAUCAUAGCUUUGACUAACACCUAAUGCUGUCACAGUAUAGCGCGGCUGCAUAGGAGUUGUGAAAUACAGGCAGCUGACAGUGUUGGGGCUCUGGACCCUGAUGCAUGUUUCACUGUUCUGUAAGGUUAUGAACAGAAUAGAACUGGGCUGGAGGAGGGAGCUGCCAAAAUUGUUUCAAGUACCUGAUUUUCUUCAGUGCUCUUUCCUGUACCUUGCAGGUUGGGUGGCAUUAGGAGGCAGACAUGAGUGACUGAGAUGACCUAAUAGAGGAGUAUGCAGUAUUGUACAUGCUGUAGCACAGGGGUGCGGUAACAGUGUUCCCAGUCACCUCUUGCCAGAUUUUUUACUUUUCUCGUUACAUUUUUACUUAACCAAGGUGUAAUUCUUAAACCUUUCUGUUUCUUCACCUAUAUGAGUCUAAGCCAUUAUUUUAAACGGUCCUGGAACCUGCGUGUCAUACAUUUUCAAAGUGGUUCUCAUAUGUGCACUAGCUGUCUGGGUUCUUGAGUGUCAGGAGUACAUACAGAGCUAGAAUGUGUGCUACUUUCUUUUGGCUUUUCAAACUAUAAGGACAGUUGUUCGAUUGUGUUUGAGAAAUCAGCUGGAGUCAUGCGAGUUGGCCAAUUGUAGCAGAAAUUGCUGGGUUGUGCUCUAGAACGUGCAGAGAUUUCCUCCAGGCAGCACAGGGGAGCUACAUCAGUGUGCUCUGCACUUGCAGCAUGGUACACUGCUGCUGUAACCCCAGGCUGAGAGCAUUCCUCACAACACAGCUGCUAGGAGUGCAUUGUGCUUUUAUUUUUCCAUAUGAGAGACCAUGUGUGCCUUGGGAACUGACUGUGAGAGAGCGAAGCAGCAAGGAAGGGUGCUGUACUUAAGGCAAAAGCUUUAAACAUUAUAGUCAUGUUCAUCAUGGUAUUGUUCCUACAUUGGUGGCUAACAGUAAAUCCUGAGGAGAAAUUUAAUAACUCCUAAAAAUUCCUUAAUGCAGCAUAUUUGUUUAAUGUGUAUCACUGUUCUCAAACUGUCCUGUUCUCCUUCAUUUUUUUGGGCACAGUGCUGUAUUAAUGUAGUUUUGCUUCCCUGUCCCUCUCAAAUAUUGCUUGUAUUUCUUCCCCCUCUCUAAAGCCACCUGCAGAAAGCACUGCUGUAGGAACAGCAGAAAUGUUUUUUAGAAACUGAGCAGAAAAUCCACUGUAACUAUUUACAAUGGUACCUUUCAGUGCUGUUGAAACGCAAAGCUUACAUACACCUUUUUUGAAGACAACAGACGGAUGAGCAUAAUUGCGGCCAAAAAAGUAUAUUUUAACAGCCCUCUUAUGACUCCCACCUUAAGGAAUUUAAAACAAUAUUUGUCUGUGUUUCCUUAGUAUUUUGUUAAACCGAGUAAUGGUGUUGCCAUUGGUAAGAACUGGAAUGAAAAAGGAGUGAGCUCUUCAGAGACAAGCUGUAAAAUUUGUCUGCAGCAUAGCUGCAGCUCUCCUCCAGUGAGGUAGAUAACUUGUCUUUUGGUUUUGGAAGAGAGCUCCUGCCCAGGCAACGAACAGAAGCAAUCAGACCCUGUGUUGUUACCAUUUUGAAACUUGAAAAAAACUGCCUUAGUUUCAAGUAAAACAAGUCCACCAGGCCAAUGCCUGUUGUAUUUAUGCCUUUAAAUCCGUAACGCUAAGACCAGCCUGUAACACUGAGCCCAGCUGGUAUGGGCUGGGCUUGUGUAAGCACACGCUGGUGUGGCUGCCUGUGAAUGGCCCCAUGUAAAUGCUCUCAGGUUUAGCUGGCCCAGACUUGAAACCAUUCUGAGCUCCUUCUGAUAAUUCAGCAAUGUAAGUCACUGGGAGCAUCCCUCAGCAUUGUGUAAAACACCACUGUGGUGAGAGAGCUAACUGUUGUUGUAGCUGUUCAUUCUGUCUUUUGCCCAAAGCCAUGGUGGCCAGUCCUGCUCCCUUAUUGAUCAAUAUAUGGUCUGGAGAUCUGGCCACAUAGACAGGGUCCCCAGGGUGACUUCUCUAGUAUAAAGUUUGGGAUCCUUUUGCUGCAGUGUGUCAGAGGGACUUGUUUUGGUUUUGAAACUACAGAAUGCCAGAGGUAAAUUAAAGAUUGAGUGACAACUUGUUUGGGGCUAUUGAUUUUCUCCUUUCUCAGGCAGGGUAGAUGUGUACCCUGAAACCUAUAUGGUACUUCGCUAAAUCUUUUUUUUUAAAGAAAAGGGAUAACCAGUGCUGUACAGCACAACGUAUACUACAUAUACAGAGUAAUAGAAUAAGAGAACAAUAGUGCUUCAGCCCCAGUCUGCAGGGCAUUAAUGCUGCAUUCAGGACAGAGUCUCAUCUACCAGCAGCAGAAGGUAUUUACCCAGACUGCCUGCCAAUUCAAUUGGCUGGAUUUAUACGUUGGUGUGAUCCGGUAUUGUACAAUAAAUCACUCACUGAGCAUCUGUUAACAACACUAAAUAGAUGAGUUAAUUAGAAGCUUCUGGAACCUGGUAUGUUUAUGAAUCAUUAAAGUAAAUAUGAAUAUGGUAUGACUUGAAGAAUAAAUGCAUUCUGGUGGUGAAAGGAAAAUGGGAUGUCCAGAGCAGUCCUGCUCAUUUGUUUUCAGCUAUGCUGGUGCAGUGUGAAUGACUUCUCCAUCAGCUUUAUAGUGUUCCUGGAGUUUCUUGAACAUGUUCUGUCAGAUACAAGAUGAAGAACGUCAGAACAAUACCAUUAUUUAUACUCAUUGCAUCUUUCAUAUAGAAGUUUCACAAGCAGCUACUGUAUAUUUCAUACCUCUGUGUGGGCGUAAUAUCUCACACAGGGAGCAGUCGGAGAUACGAGGAAUGAACAAAUAAGAGCCCCAGCAGGUGUUAUCAUUUACAAUUUGAGGGAGAAAAAUUGCAGUGUACCAAGAGAGAAUGACAGAAAGCAAAAGUUUUCAUACCCAGAGUCAGAAGUGAGAGAGAGAGAGUGCACCUUGUGAUUUAGGAAUGGCCUAAAUAAUGCCAGGAGAGGAGGUUGUGAUGUAUUUCUGGUAAUUAUUAUGUCUGUGCUCUCUGAGCCCCAAAUUUGUCUCAGAGAGCUCAGCUGUCUGCCUACCGAGGCAGUCAUUUUGCAAAAGUUGCUUCAACUUUUAGCAGCAGAGACAGGCUGGGCUUUCUCGGGGGAACUUUAUUUUCUGAUUUCUUCUGCUGCAGUUGAGGAAAACACGCAGCUGCUCUGUGUACAGAUACAGGGAAACAAUGAAGCUGUUAACAAGGGUCCAAUCAAAAACAACCCAGAGCUGAGAGCUGGGGGAAAGGAAAGACACAGCACAUUAGUCACUGGUGUUGAAAAGAAACCAAGAAAAGAAGAAAAUUUAUAUGAGGUUUUUUGGGUGUUAACUGGAGGAAAGAAUUGGUCAGUAGCAAAGGUGAACUAGAAGUGGCUUAGCAGUCAAGGAGAGCAAGGAACAACGUAAAAACCAUAAACAACUGAAAACAAAAUCUUUCUAAUACCCGUAAGAAAACUUCAUUGCCCUUUCUGACUCUGUUUCUACCUUUUCAAAACAGGGAGCUGGACUGACUAACCAGUCACAGCUCCUGCGCUGAUAGCCUGAGAGUUCCUGCAGAAUGCAGGAUGCCAAACACUCUUUGUCUUUCUGGUUUUUCAAUAUUACACACUUUGAGGCACUGUCAAGUUUGCAGCCAAAUCGUUCUUUUGUAAAGCUCGCCUGACAUUGCCUGUGGCUCACUGCCCAGCACACAGAUAUUGCAUCCAGGAGCAACCUUACACAUGCCAUUAUUGGUAGGGUGAAUCCAUGUAGUUCAUUGCCCCUGAGGGUACUUUCAGCAAUAGCCUAGGAUAGAUUGAGACUCUUCUGGCUGUAGAAAUCAUGACCCAAGGCAUGGUAUGUGUUUUUUUUAAGUAUAAUCUCCUUCCAUGAACUCAGUAGGGGACUUCAAAAGUUUCAUGUUGCAGUCUUCUAGUUGAUCCAGAAUGAUCUUUUUGCCAUGUUCAUUCCUCUGGGGCCAAAGAUGCUACUGAUUUGACUCUUCAGGGUGGUUACUCUUUCAGACUGUCUUGGAGAAACACUGAGGAAAUUUUUCACUUUGUAAAUUGGCGCCCAUUUCGACAGGCAAGUUUUCAGAAAACAUGAAGAGAGCAGUUUCUAGAAUUCCUGGCUCCCUCUUUCCACCCCUGACCUCUCUUUCAGCUCCCAAGAAUACAAGCAGGGCUAUUCCAAGAUGAUCCAAAAAUCUGUCUAGCACAGCAUCACGCUUCCAAUAGUGGCCAAAAGCUGUUCCUCGGGAAUAGGAUGAAAAUAGAGAAAACAUUUUUUUCGUACUUCCCCAGAUGACUUUCCAACUUUAUGACAAUUUGUUAGGGAGCUCCUGACCCAGGAAAAAUAUUUUGUUUUUAACAGCACACAAUGAAUUUCUGUUUCGUUAGUUUGUCCAGUGUCUCCUUGAGACCAUGUAAACUUUAAGCUUUUAAUUUUCUGCGGUAAGGGGUUGCACAAUUUGAACACAUCUUAGGAAAAAUACUUUCACAUAUCUGUUUUGACUUAGUAGCUAGGCCUUGUAAUGGAUGAAACAUUUAGCAGUCAUUCCUUAGUCAUCCUUCCCAUGCCACUCGUAACUGCAUAGACCU